AUGGUGAUUCAGGCACAGCAGCAGUGCCUACAGAGCAUCCGAGACUCGGAGGCAUCGGCCGCGAAGGCGAAUUCCAGGGCCGACGCCGCAGAAGCCAAGUUGGCUGAGGUGCAGAGGCAGCUGGAACUCCUCGACAAGGUGGAGGAUGCAGAGAAGGCAUCCUCGGCGGCGGAGCAAAGACCAGCAGAGCAGCCAGCGAGGCCUACUCCAGAAGUCCGGCUCACAGCGGAAAGUUCGCUUGCCGAUCCUUCCGAAAGUUCCAAGCCGGACACCAGCUCGGACGCGAAGCCGCAAGAGCUGCAAGAGGAGCCGGUGAAAGAGGCGGCUGCGGCUGAGGAGGUGCCAGAGCUGAAAGCAGAGCCGGCUACGACGGAGUCUUCACAGCCAUCGCAGCCGCGACAGCAGCUUAAACCUUUGACCGUCGAAGUAAUCAGGGUGCCCGAUGCGAUUCCAGCGCCUGCACGAGCCGGUCCAGUUGUUCCAGGUAUCCUGCAACCUGGUGUGGUUCCGCGUGCCCUGACGCCACAGUCACCGCGUUCACCCGCUUGGUCUAACAAAUCCGGAUCUGUGGGUGGAGACGGUGAGGAGUUCGAGACAAGGAAAGAUGUAAAGACACUCUUUGUCCAGUGCUUCAAAGACGACCUAAUCCAAGAGCGGCAGCUACUCAUGUCGCAGAUCAACAACCUCUUCAAGCUUCGAAACAAUGGCGAGCCUCUUCAAUACAAAGAGGCUGGGUACGAGAAGCUUCACAAUUUUCUGACGGAUAUCCCCGGCCUUUGUCUGGUUGGAGCUGGCAACCGCAUGGAGCUAAAGCUGAAUGAUCGAGACAGCUUCGAGCGGUGUUGUGGUCAGUUGCUCGUGGGGCGGGCACAUCUACCCGUCUUCGACCAGCCCAAGCCGGUUCCAGAAAGCUUCCAGCACAAGGUCAUCGAAGUUUUCAGGCGGUGUGGCAGCCGGGAGAUCCCUGCAAAAAACUUUCGGGACUUGUGGAACUGCUUCUUCCCGCACGAGAAGCUGCAGUGCAAGGACUAUGGAUACCGUGAUGUCAAAGGCCUCCUGGCCAACAUCCCUGUGGUCGAAAAGGUCGGAGGCAAGAACUCUACCAAGUACGUGCUGAAGAGCGAGGUCGAGAUCUUGCCCAACGAACAGGACUCGGCAUUGAAGCUCGAGGGUGAUGGUUACCACUGGGAGGUGCCGCAGGAGCCGGCCCCCAUCGGCGGAGCCCUCGCUCCGCAGCGCCUAGACCUGGCGGUCCCACUCACGGACUUCGGGGCCGGGGAGGUUCAACCGUCAGUUAUUUCGACACAGAAGUUGUUUUUGGCCGGGACCGGCUUGAAUGACUCGGCACCUAGUCCCACGCAGGCCACAGCCUCUGAUGCGGCUGCGAGGGGGCUGGCACCGCCUCCGCGACAGGGGCAAGCUCCGGGCCGAUGGGCAGCAAGUCAGGCUUGGAAUGAUCUGUCGUGGCCAGCACAGGAGCCCUCAGCCUCGAGCACGACUUGUGCAAGCGUGACUCCCUUCUUCCCCGGCGCAGCGCCGGAGUUGCCGCAGCCGUACCCCUCGCUGCCAAUGAACGUGCCGACGCCGGCGCCGGCACUGCGGCCGCCGCAGCCGCUGCCCAUGCAACAGCAACUGCUCGAUUUGCAGCACAGCCGGCCACUGGGACAGCCCUUGGCACAGCCCUCGGACCCUCGCUUUGUGGCGGCGCAGGCGCCCUACCGGCAGGACGUGGCAACAGAUCGUGCCGAGGAGCUCAUCCGACUUCAGCAGGAGGUUCAAACCCGGCUCCUGCAAGAGCAGCAGCGACAGCAGCAGCUGCUCGACGCCAUGUCGCACCCGGCGGCGACUCACCAUCCCUCGGCCCAGUUCCACCUUCAAGGGCUGCCGCUUCCGCAGGAGCAGUUUCAGCAGCCACUGCUGCAGCCACAAGAGCAUUUGGGCCUUCAGUACUUCAAUCGUCCUCCAGGCGAAAACCAAAUCGCUCCUAUGCAGCCCAGUGGUGCAGAUGACGAGGCGGGGAGCGUUCCGCAGGAGCUGAACCCCGGGAAAAUCACGCCUGAUGCAGGGCUUCACCUAGACUUGCUCAUGCGGGAAACGAGUGCCGUCACAGCCAUGCAGAUGCGUGCUUCGAGGUUGGACCGGCCACGGAAAUCGGCGAGUGCUUUCGUGACUUCGCCUGCGACGAUCCGACAAAAUGACGAAGAGACGAUUCACCAGUCCAAGUUCGACGUGGGAUCGCUGUAUCAGGGCCACCUAGAAGCACUCCAGAACGAUCGAAACUGCAUGCUGGUCCAUUUCGCAAAUGGUCGCAUACUUUUCUCGAAUGCUUGCUGUGACCGGCUCUUCAGCCCCUUGACGCCGCUGCGGCACAGGGAAGUGACAGAGAUCAUAGCGGAGGAAGAUCGUGUCAAUUUUUCCUCGAGGAUAAUGUACUUGAGCAUCGGCAAAUACAGCGUUAUGCAGAGGGAGCAGUUCAAGAUCAUCACAGCGAAAGGAGUAGUUCCGGCCAACAUCUUCGGAGAGCAUCUAAUGGGCAGCGUGUGGUGGAUGGAUUGCGAGCUCGUGGAGGAUGAGGACUACCAGUCAGCAACGUAG